GUACUUCCGAUAUUUUGACUUUCUUUCUCGUCAUUGGGGCCGUGGCAGCCACUGUCGAUUAGAUCCCAGAGUUCACUGCUGGUUAGGACGUAUCGCCAGAGGACAGAGAGAAGAUACAGUAUGGUUGUUGGACUGGUGGCAUCCCGCGGAAGCCUGGCUCUGCUUUCAGUGCCAGUCUUUGCACAGAGUGACAAACAAGAGAAAGCACUUCUCAAGAUUGACCAAUUGUCACUUUAUACGACCCCGGCUGAAAAUUAUCGAUUUGUGGAGGCAAAGCCAAGCCUGCUGGAAGAGAGGAUCUCUGAGCUCCGAAAAUUAGCUGGACCAUAUACCACUGGGCUCCAGGCUGCUUAUACAACUGUGAAGCCUAAAGUAGAAAAGACGGUUCAGAUCGGUAAAGAUGGAUAUACCUUUCUGAAGAACCCACCAACUGGAUUCUACCCACGUGCUGGAGUCAUUGCACUUGCUGGAGUGACAGGCCUUUUUCUCGCUGGAAGGGGGUCCCGUAUAAGGAAAGUGAUUUAUUCGUGUGGGUUUGUCGCAGCUUGUGCCUCUUUAUAUUAUCCUGAAGAAACGAUUGAAGCAGCAAAGGUGGCCAGCACAACACUUUAUGAAAUAUCUAUGCAAGGGUAUUUAACUGUUGAAUCCUUUUGGAGAAAAAACACAAACAGGGAACAACAACCUACGCCCACAAUCAGUGACAAUCAGGCUGAAGAUGUUCAACAAUCAGGUCCGAACACUUCCUCUUAAACUCUAUCAGUAAUUGAUGCUGUCAGACCUGCUAAGUUUUUCCAGCAUUUUUUGUUUUUGUUCCUCUUAAAUGCAUCUAUGCUAGUCACCUCAAGGACUCAAUGAGGUACAUUACCCACAUUCUGACUCUGUGGGUUAAGAAGUUUCUCCUGAAUUCUUUACAGGAUUUAUUAGUGACUAUCUUAUAUUGAUGGCCUCUUGUUCUGGACACACCCGCAAGUAAAUUGGGCUGGCAUAGAUCCCCCACCCCCCCACCUUAAACCAGCUUAUAUUUCACCCCUCUCCUAUUUUUACUUAGUUCUGUUGAAGGGUCAUGAGGACUUGAAACGUCAACUUUGUUCUUCUCUGCCGAUGCUGCCAGACCUGCUGAGUUUUUCCAGGUAUUUCAAUUUUUGUUUUGGAUCCAUGUUAAUGGUUCAGCCAGUUGACACUGAUUACACUGUGCCUGGCCAGCACCAAAGGAGAUGAAAGUUGGGAAAAUCCACCCAGUUGUUCUCACCCAGGCAUCUCACAGAGAGAAUAACUUCAUGCUUCUCUUCACGCAGUAGAUUCACUGAAGUGAUUGUUUUC